CUGACAAACGGCAUCAUACGGCAUCACCAAGUCAUGACACACACAACCAUCCAUACCGACUCUCACUGAGGACACGACACACCACACCGCAGACAGAAACUCGUAUACCUUUGGUUGGCCACAGUGAGUGAGUGAGCGAGCGAAUGAUUCGGUGAGUGAGUGAGCAAGCAGCACCACACUACACUCCUACACCCCACGCAGUUAGCACCAUCCAUCCAUCCAUCCAGAACACCUCUCGAGAGACCUUCGUCCAUCGUGGCCAUAGGCACAGCCAGCAUUCAUCCACGACAACGCAAACAAAAAGAGAGAGAGUUAGGGAGGGAGGGACGGAGGGAGGGAGUUUCCUGUCUGUCUGGCUGCCUAGGUGGCUAGCAGAGUGUUCCAUUGUCGCUGUGCACAGUCGUUGACGCGCUGCCAUUCUCCUGCUGCAACAGCUCGUCACCCAUUGCAGGCCUGUCACUCACACAUGCAGAUAGAACGUACACCCGCCGCAGAAAUACACACAACACGCCCUCACCGUAAUCCCUCACCCCCCGCCGACUGGCUCACUCACCUUGUGUUAUCUGGGUUCUGCCCUCUGGCCGAGAGCACCACGCGCAGCAGCCUGACCUCAUCUUCACGCGCCCUCACCGUCGCCUGCAGCUCACCCACCAUCUGCUCGUACCUACAUCCCCCAUCCAUCCAUCCAUCAGUCCGUGCAGAACCAACCAUACACAUACACACACGUCCAGUCCAUGAGUGUGCAUCCGUGUGUGUGUGUGUGCGUUGCCUGUUUUUCUCGGCGGUGAGUGUGUCGACGGCGUGUCGGGCGUUCUCCUGGAGCUCGAGGAUGCGGUGGCGGUAGGCCUCAAGCUCACCACGGUACUCCUUCUCGGCAUGGGCAGCCGCUUCACGGUGCGUGUGCCUAACAUACACAUACACACAUGCACAGGUGGACAGGUGCCACGGCAUGUGCCAUUGCUUCCAUCCAGCCUGGGCCUAAAUGCGGUGCCUGCCUCCCUACCCCUCUCCCAGCUUGACUUACUGAGUGGCUUCGAGCUCACUCACACGUGCCCUCAGCUCCUUCAUCUUCUCCUCGGACCUACACCACGGAAAGACCGACCAGCAGACAGAUUGAAAAUACAGCCCGUCAAUCACUCACCCAGCCAGCCACCAACGCACCUAUUACCUUGUUUUGUCCUUGUUGGCUCUGCUGGCCUCCGUCUGCCGGUCUGUCACACUCUGUUCGAGCACAUGGACCUGCUGCUGAAGCCUGCACACACACACACACACACACACGCAUCCAUCAUGUUCACUGAUCGAUCGUCCGGAUGGGUACAUCAGUCACAGCGUCACAGCGUCAUACUGCUGGAGCACAUAGACUUACUGGUAGAGUUUGGCUUCCAUGGGUUCGAUUUUGGCCUGCAGUGCCUGUUUGUCUGCCCUGAGUGAGGUGACCUCGCUCUGCCUCAGCCGCAGCUCCUCGAGGGCCUCGUCCUUGUCCUUGACACGCUCCUCGAGCUGACUCCGUAGACGGCCCACUGACCUAGAAGAACUGCACACGCCCACACACACACACACACACACCCGCACAAAAAUGCACAGAGAGAGAGUGAAACACUGGGGGCCGGGGAGCAGUGUUAAGUUCAAGUAGAGAGAAGGUGCCUGCACCCACACAGAGGCUGAGCGCGUGAGGAUUUUGUGUUCAUAGUUUGCCUGUGUUGUGUGUGGAAGGACACCGGAUGGGCGUGUGUGUGGAGGACGGCAGGUGCUGCUGAGGUGUUUCCCAUGUCGGUCCACCUAGGGGAGCUCUAAGUAGAACACCUAUGGUCUCCUUCCAAAGCGCAAUCGCAUCCUCAUCAAUGUCAAACAUACGCUUUGCUUUGGCUUUGAGCAGCGUCGCCUGGUCGUUGAGAAUGGGCAGCAUCUUCCUGAAGACAGGCAGACAGAAACAGAGAGAGAUCUCAGCUGGGGAGCCUUCUGGCUGCUUCUCGCUUCGUAUGUGGCCUUUCUGUGCGGGAGCCUCUCUGCUGGCUCUCUGGGGUUCGGGGUUUGCCAACCCUGAACCCUAAACCCUAAGUUAUGUGUAGGGUUUGCGAAUUUCGUGAAUAUAUGCGGUUGGUGUGCAGGAGUGCGCAGCACGCACGCAGACACAUUCACACACACGACUUCACACCAUAACCAGCAGCAGGUCGGGCCGUGUCGAGAGCCACACACGCGCACACAGCGGAUCGGCUCGGCACAGCACACAUCCAUCCAUCCAUCCAUCCAGAACACCUCUCGAGAGACCUUCGUCCAUCGCCAUAGGCGCAGCCAGCAUUCAUCCACAACAACGCAAACAAAAAGAGAGAGAGUUAGGGAGGGAGGGAGGGAGAAAGGGACUUUCCUGUCUGUCUGUCUGGCUGUCUGUCUGGCUGCUUAGGUGGCUAGCAGAGUGUUCCAUUGUCGCUGUGCACAGUCGUUGACGCGCUGCCAUUCUCCGGCUGCAACAGGUCGUCACCCAUUGCAGGCCUGUCACUCACACACACACGCAGAUAGAACGUACACCCGCCGCAGAAAUACACACAACACGCCCUCACCGUAAUCCCUCACCCCCCACCGACUCACUCAGUCACUGACCUUGUGUUAUCUGGGUUCUGCCCUCUGGCCGAGAGCACCACGCGCAGCAGCCUGACCUCAUCUUCACGCGCCCUCACCGUCGCCUGCAGCUCACCCACCAUCUGCUCGUACCUACAUCCCCCAUCCAUCCAUCAGUCCGUGCAGAACCAACCAUACACAUGCACACACGUCCAGUCCAUGAGUGUGCAUCCCUGUGUGUGUGUGUGCGUUGCCUGUUUUUCUCGGCGGUGAGUGUGUCGACGGCGUGUCGGGCGUUCUCCUGGAGCUCGAGGAUGCGGUGGCGGUAGGCCUCAAGCUCACCACGGUACUCCUUCUCGGCAUGGGCAGCCGCCUCACGAUGCGUGUGCCUAACAUACACAACAUGCACAUACACAUACACACAGAUGGACAGGCGAUUCCUUGCUGCCUCCCUACCCCUCUCCCAGCUUGACUUACUGAGUGGCUUCGAGCUCACUCACACGUGCCCUCAGCUCCUUCAUCUUCUCCUCGGACCUACACCACGGAAAGACCGACCAGCAGACAGAUUGAAAAUACAGCCCGUCAAUCACUCACCCAGCCAGCCACCAACGCACCUAUUACCUUGUUUUGUCCUUGUUGGCUCUGCUGGCCUCCGUCUGCCGGUCUGUCACACUCUGUUCGAGCACAUGGACCUGCUGCUGAAGCCUGCACACACACACACACACACACACACACAUCCAUCAUGUUCACUGAUCGAUCGUCCGGAUGGGUACAUCAGUCACAGCGUCACAGCGUCAUACUGCUGGAGCACAUAGACUUACUGGUAGAGUUUGGCUUCCAUGGGUUCGAUUUUGGCCUGCAGUGCCUGUUUGUCUGCCCUGAGUGAGGUGACCUCGCUCUGCCUCAGCCGCAGCUCCUCGUGGGCCUCGUCCUUGUCCUUGACACGCUCCUCGAGCUGACUCCGCAAACGGCCCACUGACCUAGAAGAACUGCACACGCACACACACACAGACCAUUGAAUGAUGCGUUCCCUUCCUCCUUCUUCGCUGCUCUCUUGGUUGCUCUCUUGGUCGCUUACUCCUGGGCCCGCUUCUGUUCCUCCUUCAGUCGGCUGUCGGCAGCCGCCAGUGCUGCCGCCGCCUGGUCGUGAGCAUCAACCAUCUCGGACAGCCUGGUGGGGAAUGCACACACGAUCGCGAUGCAUAGAUCUGCAUCAGUGAAAGCAGUGACGCACGUCUGUCUGUCGUACAUCAAUCACCUGUCUUUCAGCCUUCCUUCCGCAUCGAUAUGCUCCGCAAGAUCUUUCUCAAGAGCCCUGGCGGCCUCGUUCGUGGCAGUCAGCUCAUCUGCAUGCCGCUGCGCCUCGGUCGCCUUGACCUUCUCCACUUGUCGUCUGUGCAGCACAUACGCGGCUGUCCCGGCUGCGCAGGCGCCUACUGCAGCGCCCAGAGCGACGUGAAGCAGUGGAGGCAUCGAAGAUGGCUGCAUCUCCUCAGAUAUUCUCCCGCAGAUGUAGAGGAUGGGGGGUGCCUCAGAGGGAGAGAGGAGGACCAAACGACUUGAGGGGAAGGCACACACACGAGAGUCUCG